AUGAGCCAUUGCGCUGUUCAUUCUGAUGCGCAGCCUUCCCCGGCUGCCUCCACUUCUUCGCUUGAAGCCAUGAACGGUAUCUCCUCUUCGCACACCACCGUUCCCAAGCAAGACAUCUAUGACCUGCUCGGUAUCGGAUACGGUCCUGCCCAUCUCGCUCUCUCUAUCGCGCUGAGAGAAUCCGCCGAAGCUGCCGAGACCAACUUCAAGUCUCACUUCCUCGAGAAGCGCAGCUACUUUGCAUGGCAUCCCGCUCUCUUGCUUCCCGGCUCGCAGCUUCAGGUCUCACCACUCAAGGACCUCGUUACGCUGCGCGACCCUACAUCUACUUAUACCUUCUACAACUACCUCCACUCUCAGGGUCGUCUCGCUCGCUACAUCAACAAGGAGCAGAGCAUCCCAUCUCGUCGCGAAUGGACCUCCUACCUCGCUUGGGCUGCACGACGAAUGAGCCAAGCUGUCUCCUAUGGUCAGGACGUUGUCUCGAUCGAACCUUUCACCCUCGCUUCCGCUUCGCCUGACGCCAAGCAGGACACCGUCUCAGUUCGGCCCGCCAGCAACGAGGAGGCGGAUGCUCUUUAUCUCUAUCGCGUUCGCACCCGAGACCAAGCCACAGGCCAGAUUCUUACUCGUUUCACCCGCAAUCUGUCAGUCGCAGUUGGCGGUGUCCCCAAGCUCCCUCCGGUCUUUGAGACUGCCUACGCUCAACAAUUCAAUGCCGCCAACUCGGUCCCUUGCAUCGUCCACUCCGGUACCUUUGUGCCAUCGCUCGAGCACCUCGAGCCCAAGCUUCAUCAAGCUGCCUUGCUCCGCCGUCAACAGGCCGCUCCCGCCUUGAAGAACGACGACUCAGCCCGACUGCAUCUUGCUGUCAUUGGAGCUGGCCAGUCAUCCACAGAGAUGUUGAUGAACCUCCACUCUCGCUUCCCCACCGCCAUCGUCACCAUGAUCUUCCGUGCUUCCGCACUAGUCCCUUCGGACGACACCGGCUUCAUCAACUCGGCCGCUUUCGACCCAGAACGCACCGACGAGUUCUGGCAGGCAAGCGAGAAGCAACGCAACAAGUGGCGUCAGGAGUUCAAGCGCACCAACUACUCGGUCGUCCGUACCGAUCUGCUCAACGAGCUUCACGACACCAUGUACGACAAGUACAAGGUCCAGCUUCCCGAAGAGCUUCAAGACCCGUCAGAGAAGCAAGCUGGUCGUAUGGAGAUGCGACGAUGCACCGAGGUCGACAGUGUCAACGUCAUCGAUGAUGCCGAGGCCGGCGGCGUCGAAUUAAUGCUUCGGGACAACCUUCACAAUGGCAAGUUUGAGAAGGUCCGCUUCGAUGCGGUCUUCAUUGGUACUGGAUUCGUUCGUUCGCCUUCCAAGAUGCCCUUCCUCGAGCCGCUCAAGCCUUUCUACCCUGCCCUUGACUCUGAGUGGGCUUCGCGCGACACCAGCGCAGAGGAAGAUGAGGUGUCCAAGCUCGUUGACGAUGAGGAUGAGGAGGUCGUUGAGCGCAAGAGGGAGAACUUGCGUGGUAUCACAAGAGACUACCGUCUCGUGCCCACCACUUCAAUGCGAACCACGCUGCGCAGUGGCAAGUCUUCACCCGGAGCGGGCAGCGAUGCUUCCUCGACCUCUUCACAGCAGACCCUGGCUAGUGAGGGCAACAUGACUGAAUCGUCCAACUUACCAGAACCAUCACUGUACGUCUUGGGAGGCAACGAAGCCACACACGGUCUAUCGGAUAGCUUGCUCUCGAUCGUUGCUCACAGAGCAGGCGAAUUGACCACUUCGCUCAUUCAGCGUCUCCCUCGCACUCGUAGAGGAACCGCUGCUGCCACCAUCGUCAACAACACCGAGACAACCACUACACCUGCUACACAGAAGUUGACCACAGCGACUGUCAAGAACACGCCAACUGCUGCUGCAGUCAACUCCAAGCUUGCUGCUCUCUCCGGUUUGACUCUGGAUGCUCCUUCUUCGCCUUAA